CUCCCUAUAUAUACCUUGUAUAAAAACAGCCAUCUCAAAUGAUUUCAUAGAUUUAAUCUCCAGAUUCCAGAGGUCAAGCCCAACAGAGAUAGAGAAUAAUUUUUGAACAUGGGUGUUGACUUGGAGUCUAUAUCGGAGGCAACUUCAGGUGCUAUAGGAUCAUUGUUAAGCACCACGAUUUUGUACCCUCUCGAUACCUGCAAAACCAAGUACCAAGCCGAGGUUCAAGCCCAUGGAAAACGAAAAUACAGGAAUCUCUCCGAUGUGUUAUGGGAAGCAGUAUCAAACCGACAAGUUCUUUCCUUGUACCAGGGCCUAGGAACAAAAAACCUGCAGUCAUUCAUUGCGCAAUUUGUCUACUUCUAUGGAUAUAGCUACUUCAAAAGACUGUACCUAGAAAAGAGCGGUUUCAAGUCGAUUGGAACGAAAUCAAACUUGAUUCUCGCCGCCGCAGCAGGGGCUUGUACAGCUAUUGUCACUCAGCCCCUGGAUACAGCCGCCUCAAGGAUGCAGACAAGUGCCUUUGGGAAAUCGGAAAGGCUCUGGAAGACCCUCACGGAAGGCACCUUGAGUGACGCAUUCGAUGGCCUUGGCAUCUCUCUUUUGCUGACCUCCAACCCCGCAAUUCAGUAUACAGUUUUCGAUCAACUGAAACAACGGCUACUUAAGCAAAAAUCAAACAAAGCAGACCAUGCUUCAUCCCCUGUAGUUCUAUCUGCCUUCACGGCUUUCUUUUUGGGCGCAAUAUCGAAGAGUAUUGCAACUAUUAUAACUUACCCUGCAAUCAGGUGUAAGGUAAUGAUUCAAGCUGCAGAUCCAGAUGAUGACGAUGGAGAUAAAACUAAAAGACCUCGCCCAAAAUCCCGCAAAACAUUGCCAGGAAUUGUCAGUGUUAUCUGGAGAAGCGAAGGGAUUCUCGGGUUUUUCAAGGGAUUAGAUGCUCAGAUCACAAAGACGGUAUUAAGCUCAGCUUUGCUUCUGAUGAUCAAAGAGAAGAUCACGGCCACCACCUGGGUUCUUAUACUCGCUAUCCGAAGGUCUCUACUGCUCACGAAGGGUAGAUUAAAAAGCGUGCGAAAAGAUUAAUAUCAGUUACAAUUUGCAGGAUAAAGUGAAAAUGUGGCAUCAUUUGUAAUUCAUAGAGAAAUUCUAGAUAUGCUCUUAUAGGUUAAUCACUCAGAUAUUUAUUGUUGCUUCCAUAAUAAGUUAGGUCAAAUUCUAGAAUGGAAAGAAACACCCAGUAUUUGCAUAAUAUAACCUGCCUUGUUUCUGUUGGAAUGAUACAUCAGCCGUAUUUCUGGGGAAA